AUGGCGCGUAUCGACCGUUUUGUAUGUGCGCUGCGACACGUACAAGACUUAGUUUUGCUAUGUCUCAUCGUCGCAGCUCUGGUGGCGGCCAGAGACGAUAGCGGCGGUGUUGAUCCGCGUCCCGCGAUUGGCUUCCAUCUCGGCCAGUCGUAUGGCACAGCAGCAGCCCAUCUAGCCAACGGCACUGUCAUUGAACUCGCCAAGGUCGACGGCAGCCCUGCCUACCGCGCCUUUAUGCAGCACGAGCUCCUCCGGCAGCAGGACUCUGAUCUCUUCGCCGCUCCGCCGCGGACGCCGGCCACUCGUGCGCAGCUCGCGUGGCUGCUCAAUGAAUACCUCGGCUUCGAAGACGAGGCAGAGGUGCUGGCCGUGAUGCUGCGCGCGCUGCGCACCGCGUCCGAGGAGGCCCUGGGCGCCGAGCCGCUGCCUGCCACCGUCGUCCUUGGUGCGCCGUACAUGCGCGCGUGGCAGGACGAGGAGACGAGCGACAGGAGCAUCGUGGCUCGGGCCCGGCGCCUGGCGGGCCUCCCGCACAUCCAAGUCCAAAACAUGGACCCCGUAUACCUCGCCGAGGCGCACGCGGUCUUGGCCGCGAAUGGGCAGGAGCUAUGCCAGCACCGACGCUGCUACGGAUCUUUGCUGUCAAAGCAGGAUCCUUUUAGACGCGAGGUAAUCUACCUAAUUAGCCUCACAGACCAGUCCCUAUACACGUCAUUCCAGCUUGCCACCUGCUACUUCCUCACACCCGUCGGCGGCCGUCUAGGCACUAUUAAUCCUGAUUUCGGACUGCGGAAACAGGACCACACAUUUAGCAGAGACGACGACUUCUGGUACGAGUUUGAGGAGUACGUGGUGGCGCGCUGGGUAGACCAUGCUGCUGACGGAGACAACUACCGCGGCAGCUACACGGUGCUUCUGGCGGGCGAGGGCGCCGACGAUGCAAAAUUUCAGCGCGCUGUGGAAAAAGCCAUGGCGCGCAUCGCGGUCGGCUCACCCGAUGCAGAAAGGGAGACGGGACCGCCGCCGAGGGUGAGUCUGCUGGUCUCGCAGGAUCCGAGCUUUGCGGCCGCACGGGGCGUAGCGCUCUGGCGGCGAACCAUGAUGGACGGCAAGUACUGUGCAGACUUUGAUGAGCCUGCGGGUUGGGAAGAGGAUGAGGGGGACGUGUACCGCGAUGAACUUUAG